AUGGCCAAAAACAAGACUGCCAAAUCUCAAACUCCUCAAGUGAAACCUCAAAUCCAAAAGAUUGAAAAACAACAUCAACAAAUCAAUAAUGAUUUGAAUAAGCAAUUGAAGAAGGAAAAUUCCGAAAAGAAGAAGCAACAUCAAACUUCCUCAGAUGCUGCUUUAAAGAAUCAAGAGAGCAAGCAAGUGUCUUCAACAGGUUCAUCUCCAGAAAAUAUUAAGACAGAAGUUACUCCUUCCAAUAAUCAGGCAACAUCAGAUUUGUCUCCUUCUUCCGAGAGCAAAUCAAAUGAUAAGAGGGAGAAAACAAUGGAAAGAAUUAGAAAGGUGGUAAAACAAUUGAAGGAAGAUCAAAAGAAGGAAGAAAAGAAAUCAAAAGUUUUGAAAACUCCACUUAUUGAAGAAAUUAACGAAUCGGAGGAGAAGGAAUGUCAAUCUUCUGAAUCAUCUUCAGAGAAGAAAGAAGAAAACGAACGAAAUGACGCAGAAGCAAGUACUGUUGAAUGUAAAUAA